UAAACUGCAUGUUCAGAAGAACAAUCGGAUGAUCAACAUUACAAACGAUCAGACUUCUUUCACCAUUGACUGUGUCAUUGACUCACAAUCCAGUGAUGCGUCUGUCUUUGAGGUCACCUGGUUCAAGGUUCAGGAAGAUGGACCACUCACCAUGUUCUCUGCCAGGCAUGACGGUACCUUACACAGUGCAAUUCCUGAUAAAAAUCUUCUGUUUGGACGACCACUUGCCACACACUAUAAACUGACUGUGCUACAGAUCAGCCCCACUGAUAUUGGGCAGUACUACUGUCAGGUUGAGGAGUGGCUUCUAACUGCUAACACCUGGAAGAAAUUGGCUUCAGAUAAAUCUGGAGAGCUCUCCAUCUAUGUUCACACUGAAGGUGAUUCUGAAAAACAGACAGACCCGUUGGGAACAGCACUGGGAGUCACCAUUCCUCUGAUUUGCUUUCUUGUUUUGGUCAUAAUAUUGUUGUUGAUAAAGGAUCACAAGAGGAAUUCUGAACUGAAGAAGAAGAAAGAGUGUCUGUGGGCUGAAAAUAACCCCCUUACUCCUCUACCUGAGGGGACUUGUGUUGCAGAGGAUCAUUCCUAGUAUUAGUGCAGUAAUACGCAAUUACAUACACAAAAUGUUGUUACUGAGGGAUAUCUAUUUUCAAAGUUAACUUACCCCUACAUUUAAUGAUAAUGUAUUUGCAUUGCUAUAAAUCCAUUUAUUAUGAGGCAAGAUAAGAAGAAUAUUUAAACCAGUGUUUUUGGUUUUGUUUCAGGGACUUGAUUUUACAUACAUACUAAACAAGAGUGUUUGUUUAUAUGAGCAUGACAGAUGUAACAGCCUUGUCUUUACAGUUUGAGCAUCUCUUGAGUUUCGAUUCGUACUCUUAACUAUUCAUUAAUCUCCUGAAAACAUAUUUCAUGUAUCGUAGGUUGCAUUUUACCUCGCUUAGUUUUGCUCUUUGUUUUUUGAGAAUGAUAUUUUUUAAUGCAACCUCUCCAUGCUAAUUUCUGCUGAGUGAAAGAAAAAAAAAAAUGUGCCAGCAGUUUGUUUGUUUGCACAGUCUUCGAAGUCAACAUAAAAACAUAAGAAACAUGUUUUCCAAUUUGUAUAUAUUUUUUUUUUACUUGGUUUUUGCAGUUGUAAUUGCAUAUUAUUAUAGAGUUCACAUUUGAAUUGUGCUGUAUACAUAACAUGGCUAUAAUAAAACUGAAGUUAUAGUUCUGAUGAUGCCAUAUUUUCAAUUGAAUGCAGUUCAGUUUAUGACAUUUACUUUUUCACUCGUUUUACUUAUUCAUGGGCAGUUCAAAAGUAACAGCAAUCACCGCACAUGCUGUGUAGACAUUUCCAUGGUAGACGGGAAGUCAAGAUGCUCUGAGCAGAUCUGUUUAGCAAUCACUAUGCAGUGGUUGUGGGGUUUUUUUUAUUUAAUUUUUUUUGCUCAAGACUGUUGGGCUGAUCUCACAAUGAAGUCAAAGAGGAAAAUGCUUUCUUUGCAAAAGCACGGCGCAUGACUGAAACCACUAAAAGACAUUUGGUUUUUAAAGCCAGUUUACUGUCACUUUUUUGCCAUGGGAACCCUGUACAGAAGAAAGCCAUGUCAUGGUUUAUGAUAAAUGUGUGUAGUUUUUAAAUGUGUUUUGUAAUCGAUUUUAGAAUCUGUUUAACCCUUUUCAGUCAAUGUACGGUACUGCACCUAAAUAAAAGCUUGUCUGAGAUGUCAGCCCCACAU